AUGACUCCACUCCUGGUACUUCUCAUCAGCCUGGUGGCCGGUUCCUAUUCCUUGGACCAUGCCGUCCAUAACCAUCGGAGGACGGAUAAAGUAAUUGGAGGGCAAGAAGCUGCAAGAAACCACUGGAAAUGGCAGGUCUCUCUCCAAAUAUCCUACGACUAUGAUCCAAGAUAUUUCUACCAUCUGUGCGGUGGGACAUUAAUCAGUAGAAACUGGGUCCUGACAGCAGCCCACUGCGUUGACUUUACCGGAGUCACUUACAGAGCCGCAUUUGGGGAGCACAAUCUUUUUGAAUUUGACGGCACCGAAUAUUUUAUUGGUGUGGAUAAUAUAGUUGUUCAUGAACUCUGGGAUGCCAACAAUAUCGGAAACGGAUAUGAUAUAGCUUUGCUUCACCUGAAGGAAAGCGCGUUUGAUAACGGAUACGUCGCUAUCGGAAGACUGGCGAGUUAUAAAGACGUCCUCCCCGGGGGCUACACCUGCUAUGUGACCGGAUGGGGGGUAACUCAAGUUGGAGGAGGGAUCCCUGACAGACUUCAGGAAGCUGCCCUCGGGGUGGUGGACCACGCCGUCUGCUCACAGCCCAGCUGGUGGGGCACGGAAGCAAAGGACAGCAUGAUUUGUGCUGGAGGAGAUGGGGUGACAUCGGGGUGCAGUGGCGACUCCGGCGGACCUCUCAACUGUUUUAGAAAUGGUUCCUGGGAAGUUCAUGGUAUUGCGAGCUACGGCAUAGUGCCGUUCUGCAGCGUCUUCCAGAAGCCAACGGUGUUUACACGCGUGUCAGCAUUCAACGAGUGGAUUUACAGAACUUUGGAGCUUCACGGCGGUCAGUAAGAUAGAAAACCCAGAGCUUUCAACUUCCAAAAUUCCACAGGACAUUUAGAAGGAAUGUACCACACAGAAUGCUUUGACUUUGUCUUAUGAUUAAAGUUUUGGUCAUGCCAAAAAAAAAAA